ACGUUUGCCUUCUUUCAAGAUAAGUAGACUAAAAAUGUACCAUCACCUCUUAUUUUUGUUUGAAAAUAAAUUUUCAUUUAAUUUACUAAUGGCUUCAUAUAUGCCUGUUAACUUUCUUCAGGUUUUGUCAACAUCCUCUAUGGUUUGUAAUCGUGAGAUCAACUAAGCUAGAAAAACAAACAAGUUUUAUAUUAAUAUAUAAUUAUGUUACACAAAAUUUACAGUUGGAAGUCAUGAGCCUUACUAUCACUUUACAAUAAAUAUUUAUUUCACGUUUUGUUGUGUGAAAAUGCCUCUUGAAAAUCUGUAGAAAAACUCUUUUAUGUUAGGAUUGGAAAAGAUCACUGUAAUCUCUUUGUGGUUCAGUUAUGCAGUCUCUCUUCUAUGUUGCAAUCAUUCUAGAAUCAGUGAAUGAUUUUCUAGCAAAAAUAUAUUUAUUUCUAUACAUAGUAAAAAUGAUAAAAUUAUUCUAUUAAAAACCAUUAACACUGUAGGCUGUUUCUGUAGAUAUGUUCAUCCUGCAUUUCUGCUCUUUUUACUAAAACAAAGUUAGAUACAUAUCUAAUAUUACUAAAUAAAAAUACAUUGGCAUGAUAUAACAUUUUGGGCAUAAACUGUCAACAAAAUAAAUGUUUGUUGUAUUAAUCUUGUUUCUUCUUCUAAUUUUUUUUGUUCACGUCAUUGAGUUAUACAAAUUAUUACUAAAAUUUCAUAACAUAUUUGUCAAGCAGAAGAUUUUUUUAAUAAGUAAUCAAAGUUUGAACACAGUCCUAAUUGAAACUUGUUUCUUCUUCUAAUUUUUUGUUCACGUCAUUGAGUUAUACAAAUUAUUACUAAAAUUUCAUAACAUAUUUGUCAAGCAGAAGAUUUUUUAAUAAGUAAUCAAAGUUUGAACACACUCCUAAUUGAAACUUGUUUCUUCUUCUAAUUAAUCUUGUUUCUUCUUCUAAUUUUUUUGUUUUAAGAGUGUACGACAUUUUACUUAUUUUAUUUUAUUUUUAAUUUUUUGGACAAAAUUUUACUUAUACUUUAUUAGUAUUUGAAACUUAUAUCUGCCUAAACCGUAUGGCAGGUAAUAGGUAUCUGGUGAUUGUAUUAAAUAGUGAAGUUCCCAGAAUUAAAAUUUUGCGUUUUGCAAGCAUUAAACUCUCCGUAUCAGAAAACAAAUCAUGGUCAAUACGGGAAAAACACCAAGAACGUGUUAUAAUAUUGGACCAGCUAUGUUUUCAAUGAUAAAAUAUAAAUAUUUGCAGCAAAACAGAACAGCCUGUCCUAGUUGAAUAUCUCAUAUAUACUUGCUUAUAAAUGGCGGUUUCAAAACGGUUGCACUAUAUAUCCUCCUUGUUCAUCGAUCAGUAGCUUCAACGCCCACUUCACUUUCUUUGCCGCCAUCUCUACAUUUUUCCCAGAGAUCAGAUCAUUUCACACGUAGAAGAAGAUUGUAUAUUAAUAAGUGAAGAAUGGCAGAUAAUCAGUUACAAGUUUUGAAUGCACUUGACGUAGCCAAGACGCAAUGGUACCAUUUUACUGCGAUUGUAAUUGCUGGAAUGGGAUUCUUCACCGAUGCAUACGAUCUCUUCUGCAUCUCUCUUGUCACAAAGCUACUCGGCCGCAUUUACUACCACGAAGAAGGCUCCCAUAAGCCAGGGACUCUCCCUCCCAAUGUUGCUGCUGCCACCAACGGUGUUGCCUUCUGUGGGACCCUUGCCGGUCAGCUGUUUUUCGGGUGGCUUGGUGAUAAGCUCGGGAGGAAGAAAGUGUAUGGCAUGACGUUGAUGAUCAUGGUUCUUUGCUCCAUAGCCUCUGGUCUCUCUUUUGGAGACAAACCAAAAACCGUGAUGGCCACGCUAUGUUUCUUUAGGUUUUGGCUAGGGUUUGGGAUUGGUGGUGACUAUCCUUUAUCCGCAACAAUCAUGUCUGAAUACGCUAACAAGAAGACACGUGGAGCGUUUAUCUCAGCUGUUUUCGCAAUGCAAGGGUUUGGGAUCAUGGCUGGUGGCAUCUUUGCUAUUAUCAUUUCCUCUAUAUUUGAUGCUAAGUUCCCAGCGCCGGCCUAUGCGGAUGAUGCCUUGAGAUCCACGGUACCUCAAGCAGAUUUUGUAUGGCGUAUAAUCCUCAUGUUUGGUGCUAUCCCUGCGUCGAUGACGUAUUACUCAAGGUCCAAGAUGCCGGAAACCGCGAGAUACACAGCUUUGGUUGCUAAAAACGCACAGCAAGCUGCUUCAGACAUGUCUAGGGUUCUGCAAGUGGAGAUAGAGCCGGAACAGAUUUUGGAAGAGAUUUCAACGGAUAAGUCCAAAUCCUUUUCCUUGUUUUCCAAGCAAUUCAUGAAACGCCAUGGACUUCACUUGCUUGGCACUACAUCAACAUGGUUCCUUCUCGACAUCGCUUUCUACAGUCAAAACCUUUUCCAGAAAGAUAUUUUCAGCGCGAUCGGGUGGAUCCCUCCGGCUCAGACCAUGAACGCGGUUCAAGAAGUUUUCAAGAUCGCGCGUGCGCAAACCCUCAUCGCCUUGUGUAGCACGGUUCCUGGUUACUGGUUCACAGUUGUGUUCAUUGACGUCAUUGGAAGAUUCGCCAUUCAGCUGAUGGGAUUCUUUUUCAUGACGGUCUUUAUGUUCGCUUUGGCUAUUCCGUACAACCACUGGACUCACAAGGACAACCGCAUUGGAUUCGUUAUCAUGUACUCCUUAACAUUCUUUUUUGCUAACUUUGGACCCAAUGCUACAACAUUCGUCGUGCCGGCAGAAAUCUUCCCAGCUAGGUUCAGAUCAACAUGUCAUGGUAUCUCUGCCGCAUCAGGAAAGCUUGGUGCGAUGGUUGGUGCGUUUGGAUUCUUGUACUUGGCUCAAAGCCCUGACAAGAACAAGACAGACGCAGGAUACCCUCCAGGGAUUGGGGUCAGGAACUCGCUUCUCGUGUUGGGUGUGAUUAACUUCUUGGGUAUUCUCUUCACUUUCUUGGUGCCUGAAUCCAAAGGCAAAUCGCUUGAAGAAAUGUCUGGUGAAAAUGAAAGCAAUGAGCAGAACAACAACGAUAGUAGAACUGUCGAAAUGGUGUAGUUGAAAUAUGUCCUUUGUUUUUUUUUUGUUCUUGUUUUUUUGACAACUUAAGUUCUUCUUCGUGUGAUAUGUUGAUGUUCUAAUGCUAUUGAAAUCAAAUUAAAUGUUCAUGUAUCGAUUUCAGGUCAAAUCUCUGAGUAAAUAAUAUUUUUGGUUUUGUUGAA